AUGGUUCCACCAUUCCACAGUCUUCUUCAGCUUCUCCUAUCUGCCUUGUUACUGCGCGCUGCACAUACGGGUACCUUCACCAAUCCAUUGAAAGACCCCAAUGGAAGCGAUCCGUUUGUUGUCUACGUAGAAGGGCACUACUACCUGACGACCACUGCUUGGAGUAACGUGCAAAUCACUCGGGCCACCACGCUGGAGGGUUUAAAGACCGAUGACACCUGUACUACACCGCCGGAAGCAGCGACACUCUCGACAACCAGCGUUCCAACGCCCUACGGUUCUAACCCCUGGGACACAUACGAAUAUCUCGGUCAACUCACGUCCGAAUGGGGUAUAGAUGGCGCGGUCCUGGCGAUCAACUCGAGGAACUACUUCGUGUGGUCGUGCAUGGCAGACGGGAUUCAAUCGCUCUACAUCGCUACACUCAAAACUCCCCCGACGAACAUAUCCCUCGCAGCCGCUCGAGAAAUGGGAAAGAGUCGACGCCCCAGUCAAUGA